GGGCUGGAGGAGCGGCCUUGGGGCCUCCCAGGGGUCUGGCCGCCCGAAUGUCCGGCGAUUGGGCGGAGCCCUCUUCUGAAGCUCGGCGUUAGCCUCGCCCUACGGGCUACGCCUUGAUCCCUCCGCGUAGGAUGCAGAGUGUCCAGCUCCUGGCUAGAAGUGAGCAUGGCUGAGCAGGAACCCACUGCUGAGCAGCUGGCCCAGAUAGCUGCGGAGAAUGAUGAGGACGAGCACUCUGUCAACUACAAGCCCCCAGCCCAAAAGAGCAUCCAGGAGAUUCAAGAGCUGGACAAGGAUGAUGAGAGCUUGCGCAAAUACAAGGAGGCCUUGCUGGGCCGCGUGGCUGUCUCUGCUGACCCCAAUGUCCCUAAUGUCAUUGUGACCCGCCUGACCCUGGUGUGCAGCACUUCACCAGGACCCCUGGAGCUGGACCUGACAGGUGAUCUGGAGAGCUUCAAGAAGCAGUCGUUUGUGCUGAAGGAGGGUGUGGAGUACCGGAUAAAAAUCUCUUUCCAGGUGAACAGAGAGAUUGUGUCAGGCAUGAAGUACAUCCAGCACACCUACAGGAAAGGCGUAAAGAUUGACAAAACUGACUACAUGGUGGGGAGCUAUGGCCCCCGGGCAGAGGAGUAUGAAUUCCUGACACCUGUGGAGGAGGCGCCCAAGGGCAUGCUGGCUCGUGGAAGCUACAACAUCAAGUCCCGCUUCACAGACGAUGACAAGACUGACCACCUGUCCUGGGAGUGGAAUCUCACCAUCAAAAAGGAAUGGAAGGACUGAGCCCCAGCUGGGAGGGGGCAGGGCGACGGACAGACAGAAGGACCGACAUGCCCCACCCCACACCCCUCCCCACCCCAAACCAAAGUGCUGACAGAGCCCUCCCCCACCACCAUCAUUCCUCCUUUGUCCACCCUGGGGCAGCUCUGCCUGCCCCUCUU